CAAGGCAGUAUCAUCACACCACUAAAUUCAUGUAAAGUUUAAAACGUUUGGGGUGAAGAGGCUUUAAAUGCGUGUAUGUAACGCACUGGAUCCACAGGCUGAAGAGCACCCCACCUCUGUUUUUGUUCCCUUCUAUAUCCUCCUCUGAACCUACUUUAGUUUGCUGCCAGUGGAUACUAUCAAGCCCAAGACUGGCAUUAUUCACACGUGCACAAUGCUAUACUGGGUCCAUUUGGAGAACUCAUGACAGAGGAUGACCUCAUCCGCAUUGAGAAGCAGAUCGAGAACCUCCAGGUCAUGCACAAAGUGACAGAGGUGGAGAAAGAGCUGGAGCAGCUGGAGCAAGAGUUGAAGCAACUCCUACCUGUGUCUGCAGCCUUGAACCAAGACCACUUCUCUGUCAACCCCAAACAGGUUCAUGGGCAAGCAGAAGACCUGCCUGCCUGGUGCAGCAAGAUCUCCACGCUGCUCAAAAGCAUGGCCAUUCUGCUCGCCACUUUGGGCGGAAAGGAGAUCGACAUUCUGGAACUGAUCAAUGAGGGAUAUACGUAUGAAGGCCUGAAGAGUGGAAAGGGCCAGACAGGGAUCUCAAAUUCUGGGAGCAUUGGCCGAUCGCAAUCAUUCUCCACUCGAGAGGAGGUGGAGAAGGAGAUUAAGCAGUGUGGCGUGUCUGUGAAGAACCUGAAAGCCAAUUACGAAAUACAUAGCCAGUCAAAGUACGAGGACAACAAAACAAACUGCAUAUACAAACGCACAAGGUCCUUGCCAGCGGUAAGUGAAUGCAGCUACCCCUCAGAGCCCAUCCUGGAGGACGAGUUGCUGUUCUCUCUAAGUGAGAGCCACUCGCAAGCUGGAGAUGGGUCACCAAUAGAUCAAGAUUUGAAUUUACCUUUGGUGAAUGAAGAACCUAUAACACAGUCCUAUGCAUCUUUGACAUACACUGGGCCUGGACCAUCUGCACCGGAGCAAUAUGACCACCCCACAAAUCCACUAACCCCAGAGCAUCUCACCCGCAGUCUAGAGGUGCAGACAGACCUGAGCUACGUCCAGGAGUGCAUUGAGAUGCGAAAGGAGAGGAUUGUGUUUCUAUUCCUAGAGCACUGGAGAAAGUACACGAUGACUGAAUCCUACAAGUGCUCAGGAAGAGGGAAGACUCUGAGUGUCGAGGAGAAUGACUCCCAUUCCCUAUAUUAUCACAACCUAGCUAAGCCAGAUGCCACCAUGCAAAUGGAGGAUGACCAGCUGCUGUAUUUCAUGAAACAGAGACAGGUGGUGGGAAAUCUUCUUGGCCAUUGGAGGACCAUUAUGAGCCAGGUGCCCACCCGACAAAUCCGCAGACUGAGUCGAGCUCAGAUGAUCUACUGGCCCGAGCACUUCCUUCCCCACAUCAAUGGAUCUCCAGUUCAAUAUGAGAGUCUAACCCUUGACCUUUUCAUGCUAGGCUACUUCCAGCUUCUGGAGAUGAAUAUGUCGCGUACUGAACGGAAGUUUCGCCACUUGCUUUGCUACGAGAUGUUUGACAGACUGGGCAGUCAUCCGUGGGAAGUGAUCCGCCAGUUCCACCGAGAGGUCAUGGAGAGCAUUGAGAGCGGGAAACGUGAUUGGUCGGAUGGCUUCGAAGAUAUCAAGGUGAAGUAUUUCGGUGACUCUGUGGAGGGUGGCGGGCUGCUGGAAGCAGCUGAGCUCAUUCUGCCUCCGGAGAUUCUGCAGGCAUCUGUGAACAUAUCGCAAGAGGCUCCAGCUGAUGCAAGUCUCACAAGUAUUUCACCACCUGAAGUCCCUAAUGAACACCCAGGGCCAACUUCAGAUGACUCUACAAAGGCCACCCAACAGGGCACUUCUGAGAACUCAGCUGAAACUAUUAUACACAAUACAGAAAUACAGAAGAGUAGUAGUGAUGUUCAAGUAUCACAUGAUGACGUUGCAGCACAGGAUGCACCACAGUCAGAAAACAUAGUAACACAAGCAGCUGAAAGCCCCAAGACAGAAGCCCCAUGCAUUCAUACUGUGAACAAACAGGGCCCGGCAAAUAUUAAAGAGGAGCCCAAUGAGGACUCCAUCAAGCUUAUCUAUGAGCUUAAAGAGUUUAGCAAUGAGGAAAUUAUUAGAUACAUUGAUCGAAGCUUUGCCUUUUGGAAAGAGAAGGAAGCUGAGAUGUUUGACAUCUGAUUUAUCAGGUCAGAUUAUUUGAAGGAAGAAACGCAAAAUGAUCAGGAGACACAGAAUAAAUGCUUGCGUUCAGCAGAUCAGGGAGGCAGUUUACUUCUAGAAGCAUCUUGAUUGUCAAAAGAAGCGAUCAAAUGUUGAGCUCUAUUCGUUUUGAAAUCUAAGUUCAUAGCAUCAUACAGAAUGAAAUAUUUGGCUACUCUUAUUUGUUUAAUAGCCAUGAAGAGCUUUAGAGAUGCACAUGCAAAUA